UUCACCGCCUCUGCCCAGGACGCCGCCAGAUAGGAGGCUGAUGACAUGAGGGCUCCGUCUCCCGAGUGAUGGCAGCGCGCGCUGCUUCGCCGCCUCCGCCGCUCAGCCCCGGACUCCUUACGUCAGGGUAGCUGGGUCCCCCCUCCGCGCGGGAGCCAGCGAACAGCGAGAGAGCACAGCAGAGCGCGCCGCGGAGCCGGGGCGCCCUCACUGCGCGAGGAGCCCCACCGAACCCAGCGGAGCGGAGCCUGGCAGGAGGCAGCGCCGCGGGGCCAGCGCCGGACGCCGCAAGCAGACUCCCCGGCCAGCGCAAGCACUCCCCGGCCGGCGCCGGACCCGCGGGGCGCCAGGUUCGUCUUGUGUGCCCCACGUCAUGCGCGCCGGCGUCCGCGGCUCUCCCGACCAGCCCCAGCGCGGUGGGCCCAAGCGCAGAGGUCCCGGCGCCUCUCGCUGAAGUAGUUGGGUGGCCGGGCCGGGGGGUCGCCACGUCGGGGGCGCGGCCAGGACCCGCGGAGCCGGCCCCCGAGCGCGGGGAGCGGGGCCGCCCGCGCCGCCCCACCAUUACCUCCCCGGGCGGCAAGGAGGAGCUGGUGGCGGUCGCCUCCCGGCUGUGGCAGCGGCGGCGGCGUGCCUGCCUGGCGGCCGUCGGCGUACUCUUGGCCAUGGCGCUCGGGCUGCUCAUCGCCGUGCCGCUGCUGCUGCAGGCGGCGCCCCGAGCCGCCGCGCACUACGAGAUGAUGGGCACCUGCCGCAUGAUCUGCGACCCUUACACUGCCGCACCCGGCGGGGGGCCCGCGGGUGCAAAGGCGCAGCCUCCCGGACCCAGCACCGCCGCCCUGGAAGUCAUGCAGGACCUCAGCGCCAACCCUCCGCCUCCCUUUAUCCAGGGACCCAAGGGCGACCCGGGGCGACCGGGCAAGCCAGGGCCGCGGGGGCCCCCUGGAGAGCCGGGCCCGCCUGGACCCAGGGGCCCUCCGGGAGAGAAGGGCGACUCGGGGCGGCCCGGGCUGCCAGGGCUGCAACUGACGGCGGGCACGGCCAGCGGCGUCGGGGUGGUGGGCGGCGGGGCUGGGGUAGGUGGCGACUCCGAGGGUGAAGUGACCAGUGCGCUGAGCGCCACCUUCAGCGGCCCCAAGAUCGCCUUCUAUGUGGGUCUCAAGAGCCCCCACGAAGGCUAUGAGGUGCUGAAGUUCGACGACGUGGUCACCAACCUCGGCAAUCACUAUGACCCCACCACCGGCAAGUUCAGCUGCCAGGUGCGCGGCAUCUACUUCUUCACCUACCACAUCCUCAUGCGCGGCGGCGACGGCACCAGCAUGUGGGCGGACCUCUGCAAGAACGGGCAGGUCCGGGCCAGCGCCAUUGCACAGGACGCCGACCAGAACUACGACUACGCCAGUAACAGCGUGGUGCUGCACUUGGAUUCAGGGGACGAAGUGUAUGUGAAGCUUGAUGGCGGGAAGGCUCACGGAGGCAAUAAUAACAAGUACAGCACGUUCUCGGGCUUUCUUCUGUACCCGGAUUAGGGGCGCGGGGGGUGCGAGGUGGGGUGGCUGCAGGCCGCCCGGUCUCCGCCUGGGCGCGGCUCCUUGGCAAAGGCCCCUCUCGAUUCAUAACACUUCCUGACAUCUCCUUUGGAAAAGACAAAUCCCUGGCUCCUCCCUGCCCCGCUCCUGGCCUCAGUGCGUCUGCGACCCACCACGCUCAGGGCUGUGCUCCUGGUCUCCAUCCCCAUCCCGGCGAGGGAGGAAGGGACGCCCGAGCCCUUGAGGCGGCGGCACAGACUUUGCAAACCUGAUUAGACUGGACAGGCCGGGCCGGGAGCCUGCUCUCCUCAGAUAGCCUCCUCCCAGUGCCUAGAAGCGGAGGGCUCCGGGCCCUGGCCAGGGAGGCAGGCCAGAGGGAGCGCGGGCUUCCUGGGGCGUCCUUCUUUGUGACACGAAAUACUUGUGCAGAUUUCCCUGUCCAUCAGCCAAAACCCCACCCACAGCAGAAUUCCAGCAAACAGAAAAUUCACCUCUCCACACUGCAUUCCCUCCUGGCUCAGACUCACCGCGAGGCAUUAAAUUAUGUUUUUAGACUAUGCGUUCUGUUGUCUGUAUGUCGGCAUAUCCUGGACCAGGGCUCCAGAUGUCCGCCUUGGCAUAAUGACCUUACCUGGGCCCAGGAUAGGCCCAUCUAUGACCUGCUCCCCAGCCGCUGUUAUGUCCCUGCUACCAGAAGUGGCCGAAAAGACAUGGUGUAAUGGGAACUGCAUCCCACCCUUCCCAGAAGCUCUCCCCAGGCUGCAGCCCUCAGCUGGAGAGGCCGGAGGUGGGGUUGGGAGGAGGGGAGGAGCCGGAGAAGGGCAUCAGGGAGAGUUAGAGGAAAGCAGGAGAUGAAUGAUUGGGUCUCCAACCUUGGGCAACUUGGGCAACUUAGUCCUCCGGGAGUUGUGGGUGGAGGUCAGAGGGGAGGGGCUUCUGGGGAAGGAAGGGGAAGAGAAGGCAUCCGUGGGAAGUGGGAGGUGUGAGUGACACUUGCCGGGAGGGAUCUGUAGGAUGUUUGGCUCCCAAAAGGAAGUGCAGAAGUCCCUAGCAGACACACACGCACUCAAGCGAAUGGUUCACUAAGCACAGGCCCGUUUACUCACAGCCUCCAGGGCCACAGCUCUCCAGAGAGCUGGUAAACUGAGGCAAUUCCACGGAUCAUCCAGCUUGCUGAACUUCCCCAGGGCUGUGUGGUGAGGUGGACACUAUUCCUUGGGGAGGGACGCCCCUUUCCUGCGGGCUUCCCUUCCCUUAUGCAUUCGAUGUGGGGUUCCUGUUCUGAACCUGAGUGUGUGUGUUUGGUGUUCCAUCAGCGUUCUACACACACACAAGUUAGGAAAACACCCCGCACGGUUUUCAUUUUUUUCUUUUUACUUUUUUUUUUUUGUUGUCAGAUCACUGAGUUAAACAAAGUUAUGUAAAAAAUAACCAGUCAGCUACCAGCAACCUGUUAGUGCUUACUGAGGUCAUUUUGACGGGUUGUGUGAAAAGAAAUGUGUGAGUAUGCACAAAAAGGCAACCCCAGGGUGUGUGUAUCUGUGUAAAGCUGGAGAUUAUGUGUGUGCGUGUGUGUAUCUCCUAUGUGGAUAUAAUGUUGUGAUAGUCCUCACGUGAUCCACAUUACACAUAUACACACACUUAUAUUCAUAAGUCCAUGUCAAUGUGGUGUGUGACAAUGUUCAUGCUGCAUUUCUGGCCCCAAAUUGCUUUGUGCUCGACUUUAGUUCCUGGAGAAUGCUGAAAGCUGUGAUUCCCAUUUAAAAGACAAUUAUACCCCCUGCCUUGAAUCCUGUUGCUGUCGCUAUUCCUUUUUGCUCUUAUUUUGUUUGAAUAAUAUUUUAUUGUCAUUCUUUUGAAUAUGAGCAAUGAUUAUGUCUGCUUUGAGUCCAGGGAUAAAGUACUCAAAGAGAAUGGUGGAAACAUAUAUAUAUAUAUACAUACUGCCAUCCCCUCCCCCAGUUCCAGACCUAGUAAUCCCAACCCCAAUUCCCCACCCCACCCCACUCCUGCUGAUUGUGGAUCCCUAACCCAGCUGAGCCCAGGAACUGGGAAGGGCAGAGUCAGGCCCAUCUACAGUUGCAUAGGUAUCAAUUUCUGAUGCUUUGUUGAUUGUAUCAUCCAGAAAUUUGAUUAA